AUGGGCAUUCCCGAACUCUGGCAGCUUUUCGAUAAAGCAGAAAUCGGGGAGAAUAUCCCCACUUCUGCAUUCGCUGCUGCCCAUUUCGAACGAGAAAGAAGACCGCUUCGAAUUGCUAUAGAUGUCUCUAUCUGGAAAUUUAAGUGUUACCAGGAGCCACAACAAGUGGCAGCUAUUCGUAGAAACGUUCCAGCUGCAAAUCCGAACGAAAAGAACCUUCUUUAUAAGAUUCUAAAACUUUUGAAAUUGAAUGUCCAACUUAUUUUCGUCGCCGAUGGGAAAAACCGACCGGCAGAAAAAUUUGGAGGACAAUCACCCUGGUAUAAAUAUCGUUCGCAGGAUGACACACUUUUAAAACAGACGGUGAGUUCCUUGGGUGUAAUUUGGCAUGAAGCGCCCGGUGAAGCUGAGGCUGAGUGUGCCGCUAUGCAAAGCCGUGGAGUGGUUGAUGCCGUUUGGACAGAAGAUUCGGAUGCCUUCAUACGCGAAGUCGAUAUCGACAAUAUCAUUGUCUAUCGAGCUCACAAAAUUCAAAGAAAAUUCCCUGGCUUGACCCAAGAAGGUCUCGAAUUAUUCGCCGUCUUGAAAGGUGGUGAUUACAGCAAAAAUGGGAAAAGUCUCACAAAUUGUGGCGCUGUUCUAUCAUUGGACAUAGCAACUGCGAAGGAAGAUUUUAGCAAAGACCUUUGCAACGCACAUGUUGCAGAUUAUCCCGCCUGGAGGGCCCGACUUCGUGAGUACCUCACGAAAACCAACAGCCGAGUCGACGUACCAGACAACUUUCCGGAUCCUCGUAUUGUUAGUCUAUACAACAGACCUUUAGUAUCGUCUGAGAGAAUCAUGAGUGAUAUUGGAAAGUUAUGGAAUCCUUCUUUCGACGAGUUAGAAUUACAGAAAGUGAUUGCUCCGAGAUUCAAUUUUUGGGUGGCUGAAUACAUCAAAUAUGUAAUACCAAUCCUUCUCGUUCGUUCUCUUGCAUCUACACAACCGGGACAAGAAGCGAGUAACAACUGUUACAAACUUCGGAUAAUCAGUAAGAAGAAGGUACCUAUGCUUCAAAAGAGUGUAGAGGUGCUACUUUCUGCGGUAACAACUAUGGAUAUACCGACGUGGAGAAGAGAUUUCACGUUCAGCCGUGGUGGGAAAAUAGCGCCAGUCACCGAAAUGGUAAAAUGCGAGGAUUUGUUGUCAUGUAUCAUUGAGCACGGAACUAAGGACGUCAUCCCAUCAGCUACACCACCAUCGAAAUACGGUGAGAGUACGGUAGCUCCUGAUAUAAUGUCCAAAGGCAAAAGACGUGCUAGCUCGCCACUAAAUCCAAGCAAGAUCCCGUCUCUUCCCCUGGAACAUCAGCCGUCGGCAAAGAGAGUAAAAAAUACUUGGGAGCAGUCAUCGGUACCAAGACUACUUGGCGAAUCCUUGAUUAAAUCUGCAUCUCCGCAUAUAGGAAUCUCACAACAGGCUCCAAAUAUUCCUUCAUCUACCACCAAGGGGACACUCUCACGAAAUCUAUCAGAGCUUGAUGGGAAUCGAACCAGACUAGAGCAGCAUCGCGAGACGCAACUCCCGAACUCUCCUAGACUGGGCAAUGCGAAGAAAUCUUCGGCCAUAACCAUCGAUUUGACACUCGAUGACUCCUCAGACGAGGACAAAAAAUGA